GAGAUCUAGAGGGAAGUGAAAGGAGAGGUCAGUAUUAACCGAGCCUUCAGAGGAACAUCUACUGAGCUCCGUCAGGUCCACAGACACCAGCAAACUGCAUGUCUGCAACCAGUAACUAAGAAAUGUCCAGAAGAAUCUUCCUUGUUAUGGUGCUUCUGACCCUCACUGUGGACACUCACUCCCAGUCGGACGUGUGCCGGGCUGCAGAUGGUGCACAUGGUCAGAAUGGGAUUAUCGGCCGCCCUGGAAGACCUGGGCAAAAAGGAGACAGAGGAGAGCCAGGAUUGAUGAGCAGCAAAGAUCAGCUGAUUGCAACAAAGGGGGAUCCUGGGGAGCCUGGAGCCCCCGGCGAGCCUGGUCGUAUAGGCUACAUUGGUCUGCAAGGACCUCCAGGACUUGCAGGAGAUCCGGGUCCAAAGGGGUCCAAAGGAGCAUUGGCAGAUAUUGCAAAUGAAAAGCGACCAGCUUUCUCAGCCGUAAACCCCAAAGUAAUUCAGAACGUGGUGGUCUUCAGCCAAACCAUCACCAACCAAGAAAACACUUACAACCAGGAAACCGGCAAAUUCGGGUGUGUGGAUCCCGGCUAUUAUUACUUCACGUUUCAGGUGGUAUCCAGCGGGGACCUCUGCUUGUAUAUCAUGGUCGAAAGAGAGUCCCAGAAGAAGACCAAGCUACUUAGUUUUUGUGAUGUGAAUGCCAGGAACCAGCACCAGGUGAACUCUGGGGGCACCGUCCUGAAACUGAAGAAAAAUGAUCAAGUGUGGAUUGAAACAAACCCCGAAAAGAAAAGAAUUGCCAGCCCCCUGGAGGUCAGCAGCGUAUUCAGCGGGUUUCUCCUCUUUCCUCCUCAAGACUCAUAGCGCAAUGAGGAAGAUGCAGCGCUCACCAGGGUCUCAUAAAAGGCGCGAGCCACGCAUUUCACCGAGUGGCCUCCAGGUAAAAGUUUGAAAUCCCAGCAGAAUAUUGACACCGGAAAACACAAGAUCAGCUCUGUGUGCCUUCAGCAUGUGUCGUGUAUAUGAUUAAUAUGAUUAACCUUUCCGUGUCAGAGAGGGGCCUGGGUUACAGAGGGGAGACCAUGGAGUUACAGGAGAGCCGCGCAUGUUCCCUCCUGAGUGAUGCUCAUCGCAUUCUGUGUGUUUGAUUGACGCACACUGUCUCUCACUUCAUUCUUUGUGCUGCUGAAACAUUUCAAUCACAUAUUUCGUUUACAUGUAAUCAAUAAACAGCUUGUCUGACACCGUUAACAUUUUAAUCAUUUAUUGUGACAAAGCCUUCAAUUGCCAUUUAAAUCAGUUGAUUGUAUUCCAACAUUUUGGUCAAUAAAAUGCAAAUCCAAAUCUC